UUAUCGUUCAAAAUCAAUUCCUCUAUGGAGAAAGUGAAUGGGAUUUUUUUAACUUCCGGAACACGACUGAUGCACUCAUAUGGGGACCGCGAAUCGUUCAGACCAGUUUUAUGAACCCGUUCAACUGAUCCAACUCACACGGAAGUGACGUGCUGAAGCCGGUUAAAGUGGUUCUUCGCUUUGGAGAAGAGUACAUUUUCAGAAUUUGUGCCUGUUUUUACCUCACUUUAUCCGCAAAAAUGGGUGAUCCCGUCGCCGAGCACACGUCACGACUUCAACGACAGGAAAGAGAAAUCAAGUUACUCCAAGACGAAAUCGAGAGGCUGCGAGAUCCACAGCAGCUGAACUUCACGUCUUCACAGCUGGAUGUGUUGCGCGAGGAGAAUUCCCGUCUGAAGUACCGCUUAAACAUCCUGAAAACAAGUUUACAGGAGGAGAUGAGCCAAAACGGCAAGACGAUGUUGAACAUCAACCAGCGUUUGCAACAGAUCUUUGGGGAGGCCAUCAGUAGCGCCUACCCUGACUUAGAGAACCCGCCACAUGUGGUCACCCCCAACCAGCAGGCCAAGUUUGGUGAUUAUCAGUGUAACAGUGCCAUGGCGAUGUCUCAGAUGAUGAAAGCUAAAGGACAGAAGGUCAGCCCCAGGGAGAUAGCAGAGAAGAUUGUCCAAAACAUUCCAAACAAUGAGUUAAUUGAGAGAACAGAAAUCGCAGGGCCAGGGUUUAUCAACAUUCAUCUCAAGAGAAUGUUUGUCUCUAAACUUCUCUCAAACCUGCUUGUGAAUGGAGUUCAGCCUCCGCCAUUGGAGAAGAAAAAGAAGGUCAUUGUGGACUUCUCCUCUCCUAACAUUGCCAAAGAGAUGCAUGUCGGUCACCUGCGGUCCACCAUUAUUGGAGACAGCAUGUGUCGACUCUUUGAGUUCCUGGGUUAUGAAGUGCUAAGGUUGAACCAUGUUGGAGACUGGGGGACACAGUUUGGGAUGCUCAUUGCUCAUUUGCAAGACAAGUUCCCAAAUUAUCUCAGUGUUUCCCCGCCUAUCAGUGACCUUCAGGCUUUCUACAAAGAGUCUAAGAAGAGGUUUGAUGAGGAUGAAGAGUUUAAGAAGAGGGCCUACCAGUGUGUGGUUAAACUCCAGACACUUAAUUCUUCACCUUAAUUCUUAAUUAUUUUGCAAAGAGCAUUUUGCUCCAUAAGUCGCACGGAGUUUCAAAAGAUCUACGACUGCCUGGAAAUUCGCAUAGAAGAGAGAGGAGAGUCCUACUACCAGGACAUGAUGAUGGUCGUGGUGAAAGAGUUUGAGGAAAAAGGUCUGGUGGAGUUGGACGAGGGCAGGAAGAUAGUGUUUGCUCCGGGCCAGUCUAUUCCCCUGACGAUUGUCAAAUCAGAUGGAGGCUAUACUUACGAUACCUCCGAUCUGGCUGCCAUCAAAAAUCGUCUGUUUGACGAGAAAGCUGACAUCAUCAUCUACGUGACCGACAGCGGCCAGGCAAUGCACUUCCAGGUGAUCUUUGCUGCUGCUCAGUUGAUAGGCUGGUACGAUCCCAAGGUCACACGGGUAGAACAUGCAGGUUUUGGCGUGGUGCUUGGAGAGGACAAGAAAAAGUUUAAGACACGUUCAGGGGACACAGUGCGAUUAAUGGACCUUCUGGAGGAGGGUCUGAAAAGAUCCAUGGACAAACUGAAGGAGAAAGAGAGAGAUAAGGUGCUGACCCCGGAGGAGCUGGUAAAGGCUCAGCGUGCCGUGGCCUUUGGCUGCAUUAAAUAUGCAGAUCUUUCGCACAACCGCAUCAAUGACUACGUAUUUUCCUUCGACAAGAUGCUGGAUGACAGGGGCAACACCGCGGCCUACCUCCUCUAUGCCUUCACACGCAUCAGGUCUAUAGCUAGACUGGCUAACAUCCAGGAGGCCGUCCUGCGCAAAGCAGCCGAGACCACAGAGGUCUUACUGGACCAUGAGAAAGAGUGGAAACUGGGUAAGUGCAUCCUGCGCUUCCCUGAGAUUCUGCAGAAGAUCACAGACGACCUGCUGCUUCACACACUGUGCGACUACCUCUACGAGCUGGCCACCACCUUCACAGAGUUCUACGACAGCUGCUACUGCGUGGAGAAGGACCGCCAGACAGGGGAAGUGGUCAAAGUCAACAUGUGGCGGAUGCUCCUCUGUGAAGCCACCGCAGCUGUGAUGGCCAAAGGUUUUGACAUUCUGGGUAUCAAUCCAGUUCAGAGGAUGUGAAUUGGUCAAUGCCUUCCUCCUCUGAACACAAGACCUUUUACUCAAAAACAUCGAUGUCCCAACGGAUUCUUAUGGUAUACCAAAUAAAAGUCAUUGAACUGUCCAUAACAAAAA